UCAUGGCAUGGAUGAUCGACUCUUGGAAAGCGGCAGUGUAAUUUGCUGUGAUAUUGAUUGAGAGAGGGAGAGAGCGACAAAGACAUAAAGAGACAUCCCUUUCGUUCCGCAAGUUUAGUGAAAAGCCUACUUUUGCGCAGGUAGUAGGGAAAGAUGGGAAGCUUGCUUGCAUCAUAGCCCGCGAAAAACUCUUCCAGAUUUCCUUUGAUCCGCCUUUGACGUGGAUGACGUCGAAAGAAAAUGUUGGACUGCACAAUCAGGCAAGGGCCAAGCAGUGCAAGCGCGGCUGCCUUUCGGCUGGCUGGUUGGUUUCUGAUAUGUUUGUUUACUUACUUGGGCUCUGCCAGUGGGGAGAUCUCCCUGAGCAUGACGGAAGCUCCAAAGUGAUACGCAUGGAAGAUCAUUUGCGGUUCCUUCUGCAGCACCGCCUCUUUGAUGGUGUAGCAAAAGUCCAAGGUGUUCCAUGUCUCGCCUACAAGCAUCCGAAAUACGUAUAAACAAAGGCGAUGCGGGAUGCAUUCUCUCCGUUUCUGCAUGAGUGUGUGCUACCCUUCUCUGGGCUUUCGUUGAAACACGUCACGAUUGUCACAUUCGGGCUAUGCUUUUGCUGGCACACAUCAAAAGUGGACAACAAAGUGUUUAACUCGACAGAAAGUCUGGCACGCAAACCCGCACACCGGAGCAAAGAGAGCGUCCAUCUCGUUUAUUUUGAGGUCUUGCUCAAAGUCCAAUUCUAGGAAGACUUUCGGAUGCCAGAUGGUUGCGCUGUGGAUGGGCGCGACAAAGAACACACAUUCAGAGGAAACGAGGAGGGAUGAAUCGUUUCAUCCUCACCAGCAGAAUGAUGCGGGAGCAGCUUUAAAUGGCGGUGGCGUUUUUUUUGCUUCUUCGAUGAACCACUCCUGAAAGUCGCUCCCAAAUGCUGAUCAAGGGGAGGUCAGUGGGCGACCGAUAGAGAAUUGGGUGUGUCCGUGGCGGGAUACUGUGACGUACUGUCUGUGGAAUUGAUCCUUUCGUCCCGAUUCGGCUGCUCCUCCAUGGCCUCACUCGCUUGCUGCAUUCGAGUCCAUCGAGGUUCCCCCCUGUAUACUCCGCUGCCGAUCUGAAAUCGACGAAGAACAAGUAAGCUUUCUCUGCGUUGUAUUGUGUCUCAUUGCCACAUACCGCAGCGACAAAGGCGUUUUUGAAUCUGGCGGGGAACACCGCUGACGUGGAAGAGCGCAAACAACAAUGGAAAGAAAAGCAAUGACAACAAACAGCGAUCAGGCCACAUGAAGCGCGUCUUUUCCGAAGAAGCACCAGUCUUCGCGAACUUAGGGAACAUGGGAGAUUGUCCAUCAACAGUGCUUCGGUGGCUCCAAGAAGGGCUGCAGCACAAAUGCACAUCACAAGACUCCUGCCAUUCGCGCACUCACACGCAGCCUUGAUUACUUGAUGUCGUCUUCUGGCAAAAGGCUCUGGAACUCAAGACUGCUGCCGAAUGAGAACGGAGAGGUUCCCACGUACAUGAACUUCCCACCACCUGGUUCGGCAAGCAGGGUUGCCAGCACCGAGCACAGCGCUUUCGUGUCCUGUCGCUCAGGCGGCCAAAGCCGACUCAGAUUGGAUCUCUCUCGAAUCAGCUCCUGCCGUAGUUGUUGUUCCUCUUUCGCCUGCGACACUUUCUUCCCCUUCUUUGCCGACUUGACAUCCAGGAGCACCUCAAGGAGACGGCCGGCGUCUAUGCCGCAGGUUGUGAGGGUGACAGUGGGCGGAGAGAAGGGGUUUUUCUUUGGAGCUUGGCCUUUCUUGAUGUCGCUGGAGAGGUGCAGAGCUAUGUCUUUGGCGACGGAAAGACCGAGGAAGGACCCUAGCGUCCAUGUAAUAUCACAGCAGCUCGGCGCUGGGGCCUUUGGAGUCGGACCCACCAAUAUCUCUUCGCCUGAUUGCACGGCCAU